UAUAUUACAAUAUACAGCGUUGGGUCAUGCUGUCAAACAACUGUCACCUGUCAGUUAAGUAAAGUACAACGUCAUUUUUCAUUUUUGAUCUUAAAGAACGCUGCUACAUAAUUAACCUCAUUCCGAUUAGUAGAAAUGAGUCUUCAGUGGACGCUUAUCGCCGGUUUCCUUUAUUUGGAAAUCGCCAUAGUGCUUCUUUUGGUGCUUCCAGUAGCUUCCCCGAAAAGAUGGAACUCCUUCUUCAAAUCGAAAUUCCUUCAAGGGUUACAGAAGCAGGCCUGGUUUUAUUUUUUGAUGCUGCUGGGUAUAUUGGUCCUGUUUUUAUUGGACGCCAUUAGAGAAAUGAGGAAAUAUUCAAAUCUGGAAGCUGAGGAACAUGGGCAUGCUCACUUAGAUCGUGAAAUGCAAGGCUCCAUGAGACUUUUUAGGGCCCAACGUAACUUCUACAUUUCCGGGUUUGCUUUGUUCUUGUCUUUGGUUAUCAGAAGGCUCGUCAUUUUGAUUUCUGAGCAGGCCACUCUGCAAGCCCAAUCUGAGGCUUCUAUGAGACAAGCUCAAAGCGCAACCACCGCUGCCAAGAGUUUAUUAGCUCAAAGAGGAGAAGUUGAACAAAAUGAAAGUAAUGAGGCUCAUGACCAAGAGGUAAAUAUUCUGAAGUCGAAAAUUAAGAAGCUUCAAGAAGAACUAACAUUGGAAGAGAAAGAUAAGACUGCUUUAAAGACUCAAGCUGACAACUUGGCUAAAGAAUAUGAUCGUCUCGCUGAGGAGCACAGCAAACUUCAAAAGAAAUUAACAAUUUCUGCACAAAAUGAUAAAAAAGAUGAGUAAAUACAAACUUGUUUAACUUAUCAGAUACUUUAUUUAUAAAUUAUUUUUCAUCUGAACAGAAAUAUCUUAAAUCUUCUACAAGAGAUUAAAAAAUAAAUAUAUUUUAAGAAUGUUAGAAAGUAUAUGAGUAUCAAUUUGAAUAUUUUUGUGAAGCUUUAAAAUUAAAUGAGUUGUGAGUAUAUCAAGAGGUGGUUGGGCAUCUAGAUCUGGCUAGUUUGAUAACAUGUACUAAAUGAUUAAAAAAAAGCUAUCAUCAAAUUUGGCCUGAAUAAUAGUUUAGGUAUCCUUGUAAUUACUAUCUGUGAAAACUAGUUUUAAGGUGUAUUUAUCUAUUUUUUUUUUCUUUUUUGUUAACUAUAUCCUCAUUUGUUGACAAAAUAUGUGUUCUCUAAUAAUAUUAUAUUGAUACACUUAUUGUUAUAUUUCAAGGU